AUGACAAGCUCCGAAUCGGAAUUCUUUGACCUAUUGGGCCUGACUGAUAAGGCAUCCACUGGAAGCAGCACCACUUCAAAACCAUCCUCUGACACUUCAAAGUCACCCUCUGGCGCUUCUAGUCUGUCUACUAUUCCAGUUGCCUUGCUUGUUUACACAACUCCCUUUCUCUCACCCACUCCCGCUCUCAUUGGGACUUCAGUUUCUGGUGGAAUGCUCGACGAACACCUAUCCGGCGUAGAAUCUCUGCUUAGUGCUGAACCCCCAGAGGCUAGUUUCACUGCCCCUAGUGUGACAGCGUCGAUGCUUGACGGCAGUCUGUUGUCGUCAAAAUCGACCGUUCUCAAUCCUGCUUUGAGUUUGGGGGAUAGUGCCACUGCUUUUUUCCUGACCCCAACCGCCACCAGUGGAGCGAUUCCGAUACCAAAGUCCUUCAACUUGGGUUAUAAUUCCCCCAUUGUUUCUAAAUUUGACACUAGCCCUGGAACUGAUUUUGGCACUGGCGCAUGCUCUAGUACCACGUCGGCUACACUCUCGGGAAUCACCGCCUCUGUUUCUAAGAACGAUUCUCCCAACACUUCUGUCUCCCUACAUGGAUCAACCAGUGAUGUGGAUAUAACCAAGCUCCGUGUAAAGACAGAGUCUUUUCAAUCUAAGCUGGCCACGCCUUCCAACUCCGACGAUAAUGACUGGAUGCCAUCGACCCUCCUUUUACUGCCUAGCGUUCCAUUCAUCGAAAGUUCGACUUCCGGUCUGACCGGGAAGCCCAAGAAAACUCCUCUUCCUUACUCUAUCACCCCGUCGGACGAAGUAACCGAGGCUCCUUCCGACUCGAUCCUGCUUCAGCUUGGAUUCGACAGCCAGCUGCCGUGGCCAUUUGUUGCAACAACCCCUCUGUCAUCAUCGCAGAUAUUUAAAUACACCCCUCAGGCUAUUGAGAAUGCUUUGCCACCUCACCCUGCCAAGGAUAUCCCAGUUAUGUUUGCACUUCAGCCUUACUAUAAUUGGCAAACCGCCGGCUAUAACGCCACCCUUGCAAUCUUCUACUUCCCUCGUGACAAAGUCAACACAGUAAGGGGUCUCAAGGUCAACCCUAACUCUGCUCUUUACAAUCAGACAAAUAAGAAUAUCAAGUCACUAAUGGCCAUGGUUGACCCGACAAUUCCUCUCGAGUUCUCCGGUAAUUAUCCCAUUGGUGACAGCAACUCAACUGCCGACGGCGGCGGCACAGGUAGUGGUCACAAUGGUGGCCCGGUGAGUGGUAAUGUCAACAGUGAUGGCUCAGCCAGUAAUUUCAAGGUCAACGCUAGCUCCAUAGGAGUUGGCAUCGGGGCUGUGGCCGGUGCUGGCGCUUACGGUGCCGGUAUGUUCUGGGUUGCCCGUCACUAUCGCAAGAGGAAGCAGUUUCACCAGCGCUCCGGCUCUACUGAGAGUCACAUGGGACAGGGUAAUUCAGGUUCUGGUCGGCGUGCCCACAGCCAGGUCAUCCGUGGACAUGGUCGCUCUCAAAAGAUCAGCGCGCCGACCAUGGCGGAAAACUCGCUAGGGUGGGACUAG